UACCUAAGGUUUCUAUAACAAAGCCGUAUUCGCUGCUUCCCUUCGGACGCUUUUUAACGACUAAAGCGGCUCUAAACAGCAGUUUAUCGCUUCAGCGCUGACGCUCUCGGCUUAAACAGAAGACCCUUUUGCUGUCCUUCUUCACCACUACCUCAUGAAAUGGGACAGCCUUUUCUGAUUGCCUGAGCCUCUCCUCUUACACCAGGCACAUGAGGUAACCCCGACGGUGAUUAGUGAUGCCCGUGGCAGGGCCGUGAUGGGGCAGAGGGUCUCAGGCGUGGUGAAAUCUGCUGAGGAGUGCGAGGGGGCUGCGCUGGCAUUGCAGGUGGCCCUUGUGCCCCUUGGCAGGCACGGACAAGGACAUGGGCCAGGACACUCGCUCUCACCACGCCUGGAACUGCUGCUGGACAUGCCUCCAGCAGACAUUCACAAUCAGCUUGAACAUGCUUGGAACCCUGAUGACCGCUCACUCAACCUGUUCAUCAAAGAUGAGGACCGACUGACGUUCCAUCGCCAUCCAGUAGCACAGAGUACGGACUGUGUGCGAGGUAAAGUAGGUUUCACUCGUGGCCUGCAUGCCUGGACUAUCAGGUGGCCCGUUAGGCAACGUGGCACACACGCCGUUGUCGGAGUCGCAACCUCUCGAGCACCGCUUCAUGCUGUCGGGUACACAGCGCUUGUUGGCAGCGAUGCAGAAUCUUGGGGAUGGGAUUUGGGCCGGGGAAAACUUUACCAUAACAGGAAGAGCCAUAUGGGGCCAGCGGCUUCGUACCCAUGCAGCCAAAACGAAGAGGACGAGGACACGUUCUCAGUACCCGAGGAGGUACUGGUGGUCUUGGACAUGGAUGAAGGCACACUUGGGUUUUGUGCUGAUGGUCACUUCCUAGGCAUUGCCUUUCAGGGUCUCAAGGGAAAGAGGCUGUACCCAAUCAUCAGUGCAGUAUGGGGACACUGCGAAGUCACAAUGACGUACAUCAACGGACUUGAGCCUGAGCCUCUUCCACUGAUGGAAUUAUGCAGGAGAGCAGCUCGCCAAGCACUGGGCCGUCAUCGAAUCCACCACAUCCACACGCUUCCCCUUCCCCAGACUCUGAAAAACUACCUGCAGUACCAGUGAGGAGUCCCGCACAUGGCCCCGAAAUACAGCAUCCGUGACCUCAAUGCACAGCUGAAAGUCCUACAGACUCCAUGAUUUUUAUUUUAUUUUUUUUAUCUUUUUCUGUUUUAUUUUUCUCCAAUUACAUUUAAAAGAGCAGUAUAUUUUAUUUACACUUGAUUUUAAUUUCUGCCAGUCCUCACCUGCUAUCUAGCAUCACCAUCAUAGUUUAAGUUCGCUUCCUAGCAAACGUGGCAUGUUUUGAAUUGCACAUUGCAACAGUUUGUGCGAAUGUUAGCAAGCUUGCGAAGUGAACUUGGCUAGCCAUUGCACGUCCAAUAGUCGCUGUCGGAAAGGAAAACAGCACCGUGUUUAAAUAGCUAGCUUAGCUAAAGUACUUAUUAUCUUGUGUAAUGAACACCGAUAUUAUUUGCUACGCAGUACAUCGAGCCAAAGAGGAAGAAGAAAGGCUAGUGGUGAUGUCAUACUGCAUGAUUUAAGUUUUCGUAAGGCAAUUCGGGCUUAUUUUAAGCUCUCUUUGCCCAUCUACGGGGGUCCGUCCGUUCAGUGAAAUCAGGACCUGUGGACUUUUUACAUUACAUUUUACAUUUUUUACUGUUUUGUGUACAAAAGCCCAGUGUCUAUGUGCACAAAUGCAUUUCUCCAGCCUCUUCAAAUCUCCAAAAAGCACAGCGAAUUGUAGCAUCUGAUUUCGACACUGGUGCUACAGACACUGUUUUUUAAUGUUUGGGUAAAAAAGCAGACUGGAAUGAGCGUCUUCCAUAGAUAAAUGUUUGUUUAUUUUUACAUUACAUUAAAGAUAUUUAAUUGUAACCGUCGUCCUUACCAUAACACCGGGAUUUUUAAAAAUAAUAAUUCUUUAUUCAUUUUUUUUUUAAACGUCUUAUCUGCGUGACUCCAGUGAUUUGGGGAUAUUUGUAUGAGGCGAGUGAUUGUUUUUUGAAACGGUGCAGAUUGUUGAUUAUGAGAGAGUGAACGAUGUGUGCAUUUUAUAGUGUUUUAACCCGAGACAUGCCUGUCUUCAGUGCGUAGGACAAGGAGGGAAGGCUGUUUAUCCAGAUGGAUAUAGGAAACUUUGAGAUGCCCAGCUAGAUGUUAUGAUUGUUAAGGGGCCAGAUUUGAUUGUAGUACAAUGCAUGAUUGUCCUGCACAAAUCAGAUGCAGCCUGCACUGUUUUUGAGAUUUUCCUUGUUACAGCUGUGAUGCAGAUCACAGAACAUCUAUGCACUGUAUGUAUUUUUUAUUUUUCUUUGUUGCCAGGAGAUUAGAGUUAACCCAAGAGAACACUGGUCUUUAAAUCCUCUUCCCACUUAUUAACAACUAUAUCAACCGUAUAAUAAUCUAUCGAUAUAGACGUCCCAAGAUAACUAUUUAUAGUUUACAUAAUGUUAGAUAAACUCAAGCUUAGACUCACCAGCUUCCAACAAAUAGGACUUCUGGUGCUAUUUUUAGAGCUGGUCAGAUACAGCUAUAUUUUAAAUGCGUAACUCAAAAAAACAAAUGAGGGAAGAAAUCUAACUGGAAUAUCGAUUCAAACUGGUCUAAACAGAUUUCCUUUUUUUUUUUCUAACGGGGACAGACUUUUCAAAGGUCGGACAAAGUUAACAGUACUUUGACACUUCAUCUUGUUAACGUUUUUGUUCACACUAAACUCAAGCUACUUUACACAACCUAGAAGUCACCCCAACAAUACGGAUACAACGUUGGUGUAAGGCUCAGCCCUCUGAGGCAUCUACCGUUUUCAUAUCUGAUUUUACAUGUAAAUAAAAUUCACACAAACCAAAAAA